AUGUCACGAUCCAUUGACGAUCAAUAUUUGAAUCGUUAUUUUAAAGGACUUACAAUCGUCCAACUUUUUCUCGGUUAUGUAUUUCUUAUUAGUGGUCUUCUUGUUAAUUUAAUUCAAUUUCUAUCAGCCUGUUUUAUUUGGCCAUUUAAUCGAGCUUUAUAUCGAAAAAUAAAUUAUCAUUUAGCAACUAUUAUAUGGAGUCAAUUGACAUUUGUUUAUCAAUGGUGGUCGAAUUCAGAUAUAGUUGUUUAUAUUAAACCCGACGAUUUAGAAAAAUUAUGUCAAGAAAAUUCAUUAUGGUUAGGAAAUCAUCGAUAUGAAGUCGAUUGGUUACUUGGAUGGGUUGUUACACAAAGACUUGGAUUAGCUGGAGGUUCAAAGAUUCUUGGCAAACAAUCACUUCGUGCUUUACCAAUUAUAGGAUGGUGUUGGUAUUUUACAGAAUCAAUAUUUUUACGACGUGUUUGGAGUACAGAUAAAUCUGUACUUGAACGUGAUAUACAACAAUUAGUUCAAGAUUAUCCAAAAAAUUAUAAUUUUACUCUUUUUUUAUCAUGUGAAGGUACUCGGUAUACAGAAGAAAAACGUCUUGAAAGUAUGAAAAUAGCACGAGAAAAAGGUUUACCUGAAUUACAACAUCAUAUUUUACCACGAACAAAAGGUUUUGUUCUUAUAAUCAAAGGUCUCCAUAAACAUAUUACUGCAGUCUAUGAUAUGACAGUGGCAUUUCAAACUCCUAAACAACCUGAAUUAUCAAAUCUUUUAAUUGGACAUCAAUGUCAAGCUGAAGCUUUUAUUCGUCGUAUUCCAAUAGCAGAAGUUCCGUAUGAUGAUGAGAAAAAAGCUGCUGAAUUUAUUCAGAAACUUUUUCAAGAAAAGGAUAAAACAUUUGAAUAUUUUGUACAACAUGGAACAUUCGAUGGUGCUGGUAAUCCAAAAGCAGUUCAUUUAAAACGUAAAAAACAAGAUUUAAUUAUUGAACUUGCUUGUUUAUUGCUUAUUGGUUUACCGUCUAUUUAUUUAUUUAUUAAAUUUUUAUUAUUUGCAUCGAUUUUUACACAAAUUAUUUUUUUUAUUAUCGGCAUUGCAGGUAUUGUUGGCAUUCGUUUAAUGAUUAAAACUGCAUCUCGACCUAAACUUCCUCUCAAUUCUACUAAAGGCGAAUAG